AUGGCGGACAAAAAACGUAAACACGAAACAUUAAGUUUAAUUAAAAAGAUGGAAAUUUUGCGAAAGUUGGAUAGUGGUGAAAAUCAGAUGAAGUUGGCUGGUGAAUAUGGUGUAGGCCGUGCAACAAUUUACGAUAUAAAAAAGAAUCGUGAGAAGAUUGAAAACUUCGCCAACACUGCUGACGCCGGGACGAGUUCACGACAGACUAUUAAGGUUGGAGAGUAUCCUCUUAUGGAAGACGCGUUGUAUACGUGGUUUCUUCAAGAACGAGCCCGUAAUACGCCUCUUACUGGAGAUAUUAUUCGUCAAGAAGCCUUAACUUUUUAUGAAAAAAUAUAUAAGAAUGCCAACUUUAAAGCUAGUGAUGGAUGGUUCCAGAAUUUCAAAUCAAGAUAUGGAAUACGUUUGUUGACUGUAACCGGCGAAAAAUUAUCCAGUGACACAUCAGCCGUCGCUCCAUUUGUCGAGAAUUUUAAGAAAAAAGUUGACGACCUCAGUUUAACUCCAGAUCAAGCUUAUAACGCUGACGAAAGCGGCCUGUUUCGGAGAGUUUUACCUAACAAAACUUAUGUUUACAGAAAGGAGUCAGAAGCUCCAGGCAGGAAAGUGUCAAAAGACAGGGUCACUAUUAUGCCCUGUGCAAAUGCUAGUGGCACUCAUAAGCUUAAGUUGCUGUUUAUUGGAAAAGCGAAGAAUCCUAAAGCGUUCAAAAAUGUUAAUCUUCCACUUGUGUAUAAAAAUCAAAACAAGGCAUGGGUAACUAAAGAAUUAUUCAUUGACUGGUUUCACAAUGAUUUUGUGCCUGCGGUACGUAAAUUUUUGAAAAGCAAGAAUCUUCCACCUAAAGCUGUUCUGUUGUUGAAUAAUGCACCUGCCCAUGAACCAAAUGAUGAGUUACAAUCAUCUAGGGAUGGUAAGAUUCAAACACAUUUUAUGUCACCUAAUUGCACACCGUUACUUUAA